AUGGGAGCACCGAUUGUUGGCGUUACGCCGCUCUUCGCUGUAUACUUUGGCGGCUGCGCGUUUGGCAAAUGGCUCCAACAAACAUCAGCGCAACAGGAAAUGACUUUUGUCCAAAAUCUUUUUGCUGGUGGACUGGCGGGUGUCUUCACAACAGUUAUCAUGGUACCCGGCGAGCGCAUUAAAUGUUUGUUGCAGGUGCAGCACUCAGAUCAUCCAACGACAGUUCAGUAUAAAGGGCCAGUUGAUGUUAUCAAGAAGUUAUACAAGCAAGGUGGCAUAGGAAGCAUAUAUAGGGGAACAAUGGCAACUUUACUAAGAGAUAUUCCAGCAAGUGGAGUCUAUCUAGCAACCUACGAGUAUUUAAAGAAGCUUUUUACGAGAGAUGCUAAAAGCAAAAAGCUCAGUCCCCUGUCAACACUGGUUGCCGGCGGUUUGGCCGGUGUUGCGAACUGGUCUGUAUGUAUACCACCGGAUGUACUCAAAUCACGCUUGCAAACUGCACCAGAAGGAAAAUAUCCCGAA